GCACAGUCCUCCCGGAAACGUGUUACGCGCCUGGCACACGCGGGGCGGCGCCGUUCCGUUGUUCGCCAUACUUUCACUGUCACAGGAGCGACUCACGCAUUUUCUGCAACAGCGCCUGAAAUCACAGCCGCACCAACACAGAAAUGGCUGAGGAUGACGUGACCCCGGAGCAGCUGGCCGCCAUCGCUGCGGAGAACGACGAGCCAGAGUCUGUGAACUACAAACCUCCGGCACAGAAGACACUCCAGGAGAUCCACGAGCUUGACAAGGAGGACGAGAGUCUGCGCAAGUAUAAAGAGACACUGCUCGGGCCCGGGGUUGGCACUGUCGAUCCGAAUGUUCCAAAUGUGCUGGUGACGCGCAUGUCUCUAGUCUGUGAAGGAGCCCCCAACCCUCUGGUGCUCGACCUCACAGGAGACCUGGAGGCAUUUAAGAAGCAGCACUUUGUCCUGAAGGAGGGCAUGGAGUACCAGAUCAAGAUCAGCUUUAAGGUAAACAAGGAGAUUGUGUCCGGUCUCAAGUAUGUGCAGCAGACCUUCAGGAAAGGAAUCAAAAUUGACAAGUCGGACUACAUGGUUGGCAGUUACGGACCCCGUGAAAAUGAAUAUGACUUUCUAACAAAGAUAGACGAGACUCCCAAAGGCGUACUGGCUCGAGGAAACUACAACAUCAAAUCCAAAUUCACCGAUGACGACAAACACGACCACCUCUCCUGGGAGUGGAACCUGAUCAUCAAGAAGGAAUGGACUGACUGAAAACACACGGAUUACCCACAAGCCCCUGCAGUGUCGGCCAUUUUGCCUUCUUUGUUUCUUUCUUGUUGUGCAUUAUUAUACAGUCAUCUGGCCUUAUAUUUUUGUGCCUCGCUGUCUCAACUCUCAGCAUGGCCCCCCGUCUGUCGGUAGCAGCAGCAGUAGCAGUAGCAGUUUACUACUUUAUCCGUCCAUUCAUGCAUUUACAGGCACAUUACAAUUUUAAAAAAUAAAGUCUAAUCAUUUCAAUUGUUAAUUUAAAAGGUAAAUUAUAAAAAUCGGAUUGAGUGAAGAAAAAAAUAUUCAGUAAAUACGAAUUUCACAGUACUAUAUUGCUUUCAGUUUCAGUUAAUUAUGAUAUGGUGUAGUAAAGAUUUCCUCAUCCUUGAUUUCAAAUGUUUAAAACUGGAUUACUGGAUUAUGCCUCCUUGUGGCCAUAUUGAAAACCAAACUUUAGGAUUGCCUAUUAUUAGUGGCCUUUAAGAUAGAGUCAGCAUCAUCACAAUUCAAAUGUGUUUUUAUUUUUUACUUGAAUAAUCUUACUCAGAUUUUAAAAUGUCUGCUAAAAAGUAAAAACAACUAAAACAACUGCACAUUUUCUUAGCGUUUAUCAUAAUAUACAUUUCCAUAAUAUUCUGUUGUGAUGUGCCUAUAAAUUCUUUCGCACAGUCCUGCCUUUGUUCACUAUAUUCGUAACCCCUUCACUACUGAGCUGUGCCAUCAUGUAGCACCUUAUGUCAUUGUCUCCCAUUCACUUUACCCCACUUUUUUUAUUUUAUUUUAUUCCGGCUUGAAGAGAUUAACCCUGCCUUCCAGUGUCUCGCAGAAUGGUGUCGUCUUCCUCUCUCCGUAUGAAGUACAGUGGAACAAGCAAGUGUACAAUCAACUUUUGUUUGCCUUUUUAUAUAUAAGUGUAUCAGUGGUUGUAUAUUGUGACUGUAUCCACAUUGGCUAUAAUUGUGCACACCCCACCACAGCCACUUUUCCCUAUAAUGUUAAUCGGCAGCGUUCAAUUGAUUCUUCGGAUCCUGUUGUUUUAAAUUGAGAUGGAGGAUUGGCCACAGUUGUAUUGUAAAAGUGUCUGCUAACAUAAACCAGGCCCAGACAUUUGCAUUGUAUUGCUUUAUUACUGGACCUGUCCAAAUGAAACAAAACUUAAGGACUUUGCUCUCACUACCAAAAACAACUACAGUUAAAGGUGCACUGUGUAACUUGUUCUAUCAAUUGCUUGUCUACAUUUAAUUGUUAUUGCUUUGCUUGGAUUGUUCCACAGUAUGGCAUUGAACUAUAUCUUGCAUUCGUUCAGUAAUAAUGUUUUUAUUGCAAAAAUAGAUAUUCUGAAAAACAUAAAUUCUUAAUGUGGCUGGGGUCCUCUCUCCACAGAUCUGUAACUUGAUGAUGUCACCAGUUUUUUUGUCUCCAUGGAGAUAGAUCAGUUGAUGCCAUACAUUGGAACAUCUCUAAGCAAAGCAAUAACAUCUCUAGAAAAGCAAGCAGUUAGCGAACCCCCACCAGAAACAGUUAUAUAGUGCACCUUUAGAUUAAUGGUGCUAUGUUAUGUGGUCUUGGACUAGACCUAAAACCUUGCUUUGCCCAAUGUCCAACAAAAACAAAGAAUCAAGUUAAACAUUGUGUGGAAUAGUAAUUACGAAAACUUUAAUCACACUUGCGUAAUACUUAAUCUUGCCCUCCAUCUGAAUUUUGAACUUUAUCAACGUGAAUAGCCUACAACCUACAGAAAAUGUUAGCAUUCCUUCACUAAUUAUUCCAUGCUUCCUUGCCUACUUGCUGGCUGACUUUUGAUAUAGUAGUACCAAAACUUGCCUUGUGUACAAAUAAGUCAUUCAGAACUGCUUAAUUGCACCCCCUGCUGUCCCAAAAUGUAUUCACCCAUUUCAAUUCUAAUAGGAAAUGGGGCCAAAGUUAUUUAGGGACUAUAACACGUGUAUAGCGGCCUUAAAUGUACCAUGUAUUUAUAUAUAGAUGGGUGCUCUGCAGAAAUACCUUGCCUUGUCAUGCAUGGGCAGCCGAGUCGGGUGCUGAGGACUGCUGUUCAAAAUAGCAACACUUUGAAGGGCCACUUAUGUGUAUCUAUAAGUGAUACUACUAGGCCUAUUAAGGAUACAUACUUCUGAAUGUAGUUAGCAAGCCAAAAUGAUCCCUCUUAACACUCAUUCAACCAGGUCACUGUAUGCUGAAAUAAUUACAAACCCACAUUAGCGAACAAUUCAAAUCAAUACACUUCUUCAUGGAUUCGUAGAUAAGUCCUUGGCAAGUACUGCUAAUGGUCUAAAAACUUGAGUAAAAGUAAAAUUGUGUUAAAGAUACGUACAACACAUUAUAAUGUUGGGGGCAGGGGCAAUAAUUGUUUGGACAACAGCUGCUGCCCCGUUUAUCACCUGUCCUGAUUUGAGCUAUAAUAGAAUAAAAAAAAUUGUUUGUCUCAUCCUUUGGCACUUAGAUAAAACAGUCUUAUAGGAUCUAAGCUUGAGAAAAAAAAACUAAAUUAUAAAACACCAAAUUUGUGAUCAAAAUUUUCAACUUUUAAAAAAACCUGAAUUGAAUACAAAAGUUUGGUUAGAGGUAUUAGUUUCCUGUAUUGCCCUGUAUUCUGUCCCCUCAGCACCUGUGUCUUGGCGUCCAGCGGUUCUCAUUGUGUGUAUGAAAAAUACUAUCAAAUUGUCUGUAAAUAAAGGGCUUAACUCGCUCCCAACCAAUAAAACCCUGUGCAGCCCUAUUGGAGAUGAGACUCAACAGAAUGAUGUGAUAGACCUAAGCAUACACCAGUGCACGAAUCUGAAUGUGCUCAAAUUAGAAAAACUGAUGAGGCAAAACCAGUGUUAACAUUUCAUUUGUGAGGCCUUAUUAUUUUGGGCAAUAAUCUUUUAAAAUCAUUGUUUGUCCCCCUUUGCCUUAAAGUACAUAAUUUUCCCAAAACAGGUGCAAUUCAGUGAGUUAAAAUGUUGUGAAAAUGUUUAGUUGUUUAAAUUAACAGACAAAUGUGUAUUAUCAAAAAUGUGAAAUAUUUGAAGCAUUACUUAACACCUAAAUCAGAAGAGAAUAUAUGUCAUAAUCAGUACAUCAUAGAGGUUAUCACAGAAAAACCUUUGUACAAGUAAUUCAUAAAACCUUUAAGCCAGAUCCCCCCCCAAAUUCUAACUGGCGAUACUGGUGCUUCUUUAAAAAUGGUAUUUGAUCUAUUUUAUGCUUUGUGUGACUUGGCUUGAUAAAUUAACUUGCAAGGACUUGUCAUAUGAAGCAAAUUUUUCUAUUUAACAUUUCUUUCCAAUCUACAUAAUGAAAAUGCUUUAAAUAUUUCACUCUUUGUACCAAGCUUAUACAAGACCUGUAUUUUACUUUGAACUGCCAAAUCAAUGGACUUUGCAUGAUAUUCUUAGACUGAGUUGAAUCUGAAUAGCCCUUUUACAUCGCUGAUUGAGAAGAAGGUGAUGUCUUGUAAUUGUGAGUUGAAGCACAGAGAGAAAGCACAGGAAGAGGAUGAGUUUAACACUAUUUGCUGCUUAAGAUCUUUAUAGUGUCUACAAUACUCAAUGACUGAAAACUGACCAAGAAAGUGAAGGAGAGGAAUUUGAAAACACUAAAAGGUUGAAGAAAGUUGAAUCGUGUACUGUACCCGAACACUUGGAUGUAACUCUUUUGCUGAUGUUGUGUUACUGGCUCCAUACAUUCCUCAUGUUGUACAGUUUGUAUGAAAUGCUGGCAUGUCGGUGGGGUUGUGUCUUCAGACAUCGAUUGUGAUUGCUCUUAUCGGUCAAUAAAGAUUUUACUCAA